AUGGAUCUGGACACGAGACGCGCUGUGGAGGACGAGUUGAACCGACGAGACGCCCGUGAAGGACGCAUCGCGCAGGACGGCUACGACGAGAUGGGCGGCAACGUGGACGACGAGGAAGAGCUCAUCAACCUGGAGCACUUCGACGUGCCGCUGAGGGAGUGGAUCGCUACUGAAAGGCCGCGCAACGAGAUCAAGAGGCGAUUCCGGAAUUUCCUGAAUACGUUUGCAGAUGGGAAGGGCAGACUGGUGUAUCACGAGAAGAUCGUGCAGCUUGCGCAACGUAACGAGCAGUCGCUGGAGAUUGAGAUUGGCGAUGUGAUCCACAGCAUGUCGAUGGUGGCGGCGUGGCUUGUUGAAGCGCCCAAGGAUAUGCUCUCGAUUCUGGACGAGGUGGCGCAGGACGUCGUGCUGGCGCUGUUCCCGUACUACGCUACGAUCCACCAGCAGAUUUACGUGAGGAUUCUGGAUCUGCCGGGUACGGAGCGACUGCGUGAUCUGCGUACAGCUCACUUGAACUUCCUUAUCAAGGUUUCGGGUGUGGUGACGAGGCGUACGUCGGUGUUCCCGCAGCUUCUGCUUGUGAAAGUGAACUGUCCUGGAUGUGGAGCAGUGCUAGGACCAUUUACGCAGCAGAGUCAGCAGGAAGUGAAGCUGAAUGCUUGCCCAGAGUGUCAGUACCGGGGCAAUUUCCCUGUCAAUAGUGAGCAGACGGUGUACCGCAACUUCCAGAAGAUCACGCUCCAGGAAUCGCCUGGUAGCGUGCCGCCUGGACGUGUGCCGCGCUCCAAGGAUGUUGUGCUGGUUGGUGACCUCAUUGAUAAGGCUCGACCGGGUGAUGAGAUUGCUGUCACGGGUAUUUACACCAACACGCCAGACCCGACGCUUAACUUGCGAGAUGGAUUCCCUGUUUUCCGAACUGUGAUCGAAGCAAACCACGUUGAACGCCGUGCCGAUGUACUGGGCAGCCAGCUCCUCACUGCGGAAGAUAAGAAGCAGAUCCUUCGACUUGCGAAGCAGCCUGACAUUGCUCAAAGGAUUAUCAACAGCAUUGCACCGUCCAUCUACGGUCAUCAGCAGGUAAAGACGGCGUUAGCUCUUGCUCUCUUUGGCGGAAAGCCGAAGUUUAUCAAGAACUCGCGCGUGCGUGGAGACUUAAAUGUGCUCAUGGUGGGAGAUCCCGGUACGGCCAAGUCUCAGUUCCUCAAGUUCGCGAAGCAGACGGCUCCGCGUGCCGUGUAUUCAACGGGCAAAGGUGCUUCUGCCGUGGGUCUUACGGCUGGUGUGUCUCGUGACCCUUUCACGAAGGAGUGGGUGCUGCAAGGUGGUGCGCUGGUGCUGGCAGACAAAGGUGUGUGCUUGAUUGACGAGUUUGACAAGAUGAACGAGCAGGACCGUACGAGUAUUCACGAGGCCAUGGAGCAGCAAAGUAUUUCUGUGUCGAAGGCUGGUAUUGUGACGUCUCUGCAAGCGCGAUGCUCCGUUAUUGCGGCUGCAAACCCUAUUGGUGGACGGUACAACGCUGCUCGGACUUUUGCCGAGAACGUGGAGCUGACAGACCCCAUUCUGCAGCGUUUUGACCUUCUCUGCGUCUUGCAGGAUAAGGUGGACCCCGUUGAUGACGAACGGCUCGCAGACUUUGUCGUGUCCAGCCACAUGCGCAGCAACCCCAAGAAGAAAACCGGUGAAGAGGAUGAAGAGACCGCCGUCGAGGAAGACGAAUUGAGCGCCAUGACUCAGUCCAUGCAGGUCGGCGACGGAGAUGCGAGUAUGACGCUGGACCAGGAGCUGCUGCGAAAGUAUAUCCUCUACGCCCGAACUUACGUGAACCCCGUGCUCGCAAGCGGACUCGACACUGGAAAGGUGGAGGCUUUCUACGCGCAGCUCCGACGUGGCUCGCAGCACACGGGCGCUGUCCCCGUGGCUGUUCGACACCUCGAGUCGCUUUUUCGUAUGGCCGAGGCUCACGCCCGAAUUCACCUGCGGGAUACCGUGGGCGACGAGGACCUGGCGCUGGCCAUCCGCGUGCUCACAGAGAGUUUGUGUGACGCGCAGAAGUUCACGUUCAAGCGCCAGUGGCGGCGUCUGUUCCGACCGUACCUGACGUACCGCCAGGACAACAACGUGUUGCUGCUCCACGUGCUGCACGAGCUGUUCAAGUCGGCGCACGCGUACCAGCAGCUGCGCAUGCAGACGAACGCGCAAGCCGGCCACCGCAGCCACAAGGAGACGACGUUGACUGUGCUGCGAGACGAUCUGCUGUCCAAGGCCAAGUCGGUUGGCAUCUACGACCUCAGCGAGUUCUAUGAGUCUGCAGCGUUCACCAAGGCGGGCUUCCGCAUCGACGAGGCCACCAACUCCAUCGUCAAGGACAUAUAA